AGCCCCGCGCCCGGGAGGACCGGAGCCCCGCGCCCGGGAGGACCGGAGCCCCGCGGCCCCCCGCGGCCCCCGCGCCCCCCGCAGCCGCACUUCGGUCCGGCCUGCCAGUCUCCAGCGGGAGAGCGGAUCCCGAGUCCGGUUGUGCCCAGCCGGAGCAGGCCGGCCACCAUGACCGAGAACUCCACGUCCACCCCUGCGGCGAAGCCCAAGCGGGCCAAGGCCUCCAAGAAGUCCACCGACCACCCCAAGUAUUCAGACAUGAUCGUGGCUGCCAUCCAGGCGGAGAAGAACCGCGCCGGCUCCUCGCGCCAGUCCAUCCAAAAGUAUAUCAAGAGCCACUACAAGGUGGGUGAGAACGCCGACUCCCAGAUCAAGUUGUCCAUCAGGCGCCUGGUGACCACCGGGGUCCUCAAGCAAACCAAAGGGGUGGGUGCCUCGGGGUCCUUCAGGCUGGCCAAGGGCGAUGAGCCCAAGAGGUCGGUGGCUUUCAAGAAGGCCAAGAAGGAAGUCAAGAAAGUGGCCACUCCAAAGAAGGCAGCCAAGCCCAAGAAGGCAGCCGCCAAAGCCCCCAGCAAGAAACCCAAAGCCACCCCUGUCAAGAAGGCCAAGAAGAAGCCGGCUGCCACGCCCAAGAAAGCCAAAAAGCCCAAGGUGGUCAAAGCCAAGCCAGUCAAGACAUCCAAACCCAAGAAGGCCAAACCUGUGAAGCCCAAAGCCAAGUCCAGCGCCAAGAGGGCCGGCAAGAAGAAGUGACGGCGAAGACUCUGCUUGUGGACACUCCUUCCUCCCUCCUGUGUGUUCUUCUGUAAAUACAUUUCUCUCUUGGUCUCACCUGCAACCCCCUUGCCCGUUCUAAUCUGACUUUUUACAAGAAGGACAGAGUUUGGAUUCCUCAGACAGACCUUGUGGAAUGAUUCCCUUUCCCUCAGCCCACUGUGCAAGGACAGCCACAUCUUUGUCAUGAUGAAGAUGUACUUGUUUCUUGAUUUGAUAUUAUUAACCUUCUUACGGGGUUAGGGAUGGGGGGGGGGGUUGGUGUUUCCUUGGGUGGUUUGUUUACUGUGAAGGCAAAUGGAACUGGCGAAGUUCUGGCUAGAGGAGGGGGACCCAGGAACUAAAAUUGGUCUUUUUAAGGCUUUCUUAAGCUGCUCGUCCAUCCCUUGUCAGAUCAGAGCUUCAAAACCUUUGGUGGGGAGCAGAGGGUGACACCCCACCUAGCUGGCCAGGGAGGGCGGAAGAGCUCCCUGGGCUGCCGACACCAGCCGUCGGCAGUUGGGGACCUGGGAUUCCUCUUCAUUUAUGCCCUAUGCCUCCCCAUUGUCUGGAAGGGGAAAGGGGUCCAGCUUCUCACGAUCAGGAUCUAGCCAUUGGGGAAGGAGGGGUCCGUUCAGCAGUCUCUUGUAAAUGGGAGUGGACUUAGGGGGAGGGGUGGAGUCAGCCAAGUGCCUCAGUGUGCCUAUGGAAACUUGGGUUUUUUCCACACGGUGGACGGAGUGUGUCCUAGAAGGACUUUGUUCUCCCCCCCCCACUUUCUUUUCCUUCCUGUAUAGGAUGUGGCCUUGCUUGGUGCCGCUUCAGUUCUACCAGCUGCCACUUAAAACCCCUCCAACCUCUUUUACCUUCUGAAUCUUUUCUAAGUAGCCGAGGAGGGGGGAAGGCAGAGAGAGUGGACUGGAAGACAUAGUACAAUUGAUUUGAAUUUGCUAGGUAGCUUUAGAGAGCCAGGAUUGUGUGCAUGUGUGUAUAUGUAUAUAUCCGUAUCUAAGACUAGUAUUAGUCUCACUUCGGGAGCUGGGAGAAAAAACCUGUACAGUUGUCUUUCUCUUAUUUUAAUAAAAUAGGAAACUCGCGCACUCGCGCCCCUCCCCCUUUUUAAACAAGUGUUAUCCGUGCCGGGGAAAAAUUUGCUGUGGUUGUAAUUUUAAACUUUAAAAUAAUAAAACUGGAAAAGGAAAAAAAAA